AUGUUUGCGACAUUGCAUCCACGACGUGUGAGCGGCUCGCGUCGGCGCUCGUCGGGCGGCAGCUCGCAUACGCUGGACAUCCUUGCGGGCUUGUCGUCUGGGUCGUCGGCCACGUCGCUCCCGUCCCCGCCGGCGUCUCCCCGCCACAUGCCGCAGCCCGGCGUCAUCUCUGAGGAAGGCGCUGAUCUUGCUGCCAAGACCUCGCCAACUACUUCUCCCAAGACGACUCGUGCUUCGCUGCGAAAGCUGUCUCGCUCGUCUGCUACGAGCGUUGGCUCUGUCGGAUCCGUGCCACAUUCGACCGCGCCCUUGACCACAUCGCCACUGUCGCCACGCAAAGCCGCUAGCUCGACCUCGAAGCUUGCCUCCCUCCAGCGGGACGAAGCGGCCUCGCACAGCGAUUCGGACGUUGCCGCCGCCAACAAGCAGGCAUUGUUGAAUGGCGAGUCCUCGGACAAGUUCCUGGACGAUGUCGCAAGCCCGCUCCCGACGUUCACGACCAACGAGAGGGGUCAGUUGGUGGCGCAGGUUCCCGCUGGCGGUGCUGCGCCCAACUUGCAGCGUCGCAAAUCAUCUGGCGACACGAGCCUGUCAGGCUCACGGCUCCUUGUGUCUGACAAACCCGGCACCACGACGACGGCGGCGGCAGCAGCAGCAGCGGCGGCGGCGGCGGAUCCAGCAUCGCCAGUCAAGCGGGCGGGUCGGCUUUCCAACUCUGGUCCUGGUGUCAGUUUGAGCAGCGUGACUCCGUUUGUCCCCACAUGCGCUCCGCUGCUCACGCUCCCAAAAUGA